AUGAGGACCUUCUCCUUCAGUCAGCUCUUCGGCAUGGCGUCCACGAUAAGGAGCGAGCCGGAGCCCAGCCCGGAGGAGCUUUACACUGGGUACGUCCGCAAUUUAGUGGGGUACUCGGUUGGAACAGCUGUGGAGGAUCCCAGCAAAGACGUGCUGGUGAAUUGCUACGCGCCCUGGUGCGGCCACUGCCGGAGGUUCAAGCCAAACUACCAGGAGCUCGCCCGGAGGCUUUCCCAUGUCUCCAGCCUAGUGGUGUCCCAAAUGGACUGCACGCAGAACGACCUCGGCCCUCUCAGACGAGUGGUGCGGGGAUUUCCUACGGUGGCGCUCUUCCCGGCAGGGCGCAAGAAUGAUAUCGCGAUUUACGUCGGAGACAGAUCCCCAGACGACUUGGCCAAAUGGCUGCACACCAAAGUCACCCACGCCUUUGCGGACACAGAGGAUUCCUUGAACGUGGGAGAUCCAGACGACUUGUGA